CAUUACACCGCAGGCACACAGUAAACAACACGACGUCACUUCCGCUUUGAGGUUGACAGCAAAACAACUAAAGCUGGAGCGAUAAAAAUAUCCGCCAAGAAGCAAUUAUAAACGCUACUUUAAUAGGAUGAAGGAGAUGACUUCACAGCAGGAUUUAGAGGAGGAGAGCAGCUCACCUUCUGUUGACUAUAACAACCACUACAUCUGUGACGACAGAGAAGAAGAGGAAGGUCCUCCUGACCUCCAAGAGGACCAUCCGCAUGACACAGAUAAAGAUCACCCCAUCCCAGAAGGAGGAGUCAUGUGGAGAGUGGGCGGCGGCCUAUUCAGCAUGACACGGAACGUCGUCGGUGCAACCCUGGGGGGUGUUGCGUGGGUAGGAACAAAAAGUUUUGAGCUCACCAAGACAGCUGUUAUCAGUGUGCCGGCAGCCAGCGCAGGUUUGGUCAAAGGAAGCGUCUCCAUGGUAACAGGAGGUGUUGGAGCUGUAGGAUCCGCGGUGGCGAGUAAAGUCACACCAAGGAAGAAGGACAAAGCUGACUGAUGGACAGUUGGUGUGUGUGUGUGUGUGUGUUUGUGUGGUUGUGUGUAUGAUGCAAACAAGAGCAAAAUCUCUAAAGCUCCGAAUGGAUUUUCAUCACAGCUCUCCAGAUCAAAGCAGCGUAUUCUUUCAUGCAGCAACAAAGAUACAAAAGCAGCGAGAUGUCAGUCAAUGUCAAUGGAAAUCUUCCUCUGAAGGGGGCAUGGCUGACAAUGAUGAAAAUUCACAACAAGAAUGCAACUGUGCGGAGUGGGGAAAUAUAAUUUUUUAUUUUAUUUAGUUUUUUAAUCCUGAAUGAGCUAGCAGACAGUGGCAGUAAUUAAUUGUGUCAUAUGUAGCAUAUUUUAAAGACAAUUAACAAAAACUUUUAUAAAAUGAACACAAUUUGACGAGGACAUGAUACUGUGCUCUUAUAUAAUGGUAAAUAGAGAGGAGACAUGUUCCCCGACACAUCAUUGAGGACUUUGUCAUUGAGUUUCAGGACUCAUCAGUGAACAUUUUGGAUUUAUUCAUGGCUGCUUAUUCUUUACGUGUGCGUUAGCUCUAAACAAACCUUAAGAGUACCAAAAAAAAAAAAGUCACACAAAAUAACACAAAUAAAUUAACCCAAACCAGCAACUCCUGUUUUUCAAGCUACAACGACUGUUUUUGUCAUUGGAGUCUGGUUGUAAGGCAGUAAUGUGACAGAUUAGAGGUGGGCGAUAUGGGAAAAAUAUCAUAUCACGAUUUUUUUUUGGCAAAAUCACUAUCACGAUUUUUUUCAUACUGUUCUUUAGACAAAUUUGUAAGUUACUGACCAGUUCAACCAAACUUAUUUCCCUGUAUAAUGUUUUUAAAUGCACAAAAACUGCACUGACAAGUUUAAUCUAUUUGAAAAACAUCUUUGUAGGAGGUCUGGAGGUCUCUCACCCAGAACAUCUUUAGCAACAGAAACGUCUUUCCCUCAAUUUGAUCAAUAUUUAUGCACAAUUUGAAAGUUUUCCUCACCACUUUGAAAUUAUGAUUUAGUUAUGUGUCCUCUUUUUAUGUUCAUCAGGAACAUUUUCACGCAGUGAUGCAUUCAUUUAAAAACAUGUAGACUUCAAGUGUUUCUGUUCUAUUUAGCCCUGCAGAGUUCAUACAGCUAUAGCUUCAUACAGGCUCUUCAGCCUUUGUUGUUUUUUAUGACAUCGUUGGACUAACUUUAGUUUAGUUUAUAUAUAAUAAAACAUAAUACAGAGUGUGUUCAUUCUGUGACACAUGAUCAAAGUAAGUUUUACUGACAGAAGAGUUUAAUUCAUAGAGGGGGCGGGACAUUGUUGAUUGACAGACAGACAGUCACCAUAGUUACUCACUCUCACCUGCCUGCUGCUUUGUAACAUCAUUUAGCCUAGUCCCUGUAGGUUCUGUAAUCACAACAGGUGAGCUUCAGGUGGAGAGGCUUGAUAGUAACUUUUAAAAACUGAGAGAGAUCAGAAAACACCGACAGUAACAUUUUAAACACCGGGGUUAUAUCUCUCAUCACUGACUGUCUGAGCUCCGCGCUGUCUGUCUCUCUGCAGACUGUGAACGUCUCUCCGGCUCGUUAAACGGUUUCUUGUGUCGCUAUCUGAGAUGUAAACUUAACUGUGCAAACUGUGCAGAUAAGUUAACUGUUGCUCACAGCGUGUCGGUUUGGAAAAAUAUCAGAACAGUUGCAUAUAACCGGGAUGGAGUUGUUUUUGCGGACUUUACUUUUAAGUUUCGUUUUCACUGAUAGAAUAAACACAUAAGCCCGGUUCUACGAUCUCUCUGCUUUGGCAGAUCGUCAGCAUGUUAAAAUCCUUCACGAUCUAAGAUCGUUAUAUCGCCCACCACUAUGACAGAUGUUUCAGUUUAAAGAGAAACAUCUUUCUGUAAUGUUGUCAGGCACUUCAAAUUACAUACUGAGCAGGUCAGCAGCACUGUAUGUGAGCAAUUCAAAACAUAAACAUUUGUAUACCCAGGAUUAAAAAACAUUUAGAGUUCCACUUAAAAAUAAUCUAACAUUGUUAUUGUAACUCGGAUAAAAUAUGUCCCUCAGAAAAGCAGGAGUCGAGGACAUUGUGUCUUUAAAAAAAUGAAGUCACAAAGAGUGAGAUGACAGAAAUGAACGCAUUAUCUUUUUUAAAUUGCAUUAAUCAUGUGCUAUUUUGUCCCUUUAGGUGCAUUGUACUGUAGCUAAGCCACUGCACUGACUGUAGCAUCUCCCUGUAGUCACAGUGAGGGAAAAGAACGACACCUGUGCCCCUUUGAAUGUCUCAUUUCACUUAAAAAAAAAAACUCCAGAUCAUUUCAGCUGACAAGUCAAAAAUAUCAUCCAACUUGUGACAUCACACAUUUGACUUUUUUACGGUUUGUUUUAGCUUUUCAGCCCGUAACAAGUUCCUGUGUCCAUGAAUAAGUUAAAGCUGUAACCUUUGAUUUAUCAGAAGUUACUCUUUUUUUUCAAAUAAAAGAAGGUUUGUAAAGAAGUAAAGCGCCCUUAGCUAAAGAGUGUACAAAUCUACAAAAUAAAAGCAGUUUUGAACUCCGCAAUAAUGGAAUUUCAAACAUGCAAUCAAAAAUUUAGUCGCAAUGCUAUUGAAAAUAAGCAAUUUAUUGUGAUUCUAAAAAUUAAUUGCUUGACGGCCCUAAUUAAAAUAUAAGCAGAUGAUUUGUUUACCGUCUGACGUAAGUAACACUAAUUGACUGUAAAGAAACAACAUCACUCCUCCAGCCCCUUUACAUGUUGAUAAGUCACAAAUGAAACCACUAUGACAUCAUUGUGUUAGAUGGGAUAUGUAAAAUGGGAUGAGGAAUAACAGAUUUUACAAGCAGGGUACUCUUUGAGUUGAGAAAUCAAAUCAACAGAAAUAGAGAACAGGGUUUGAAAAUGACUAUCAGCAGAAAGUUUGUUAAAACAGAUAAGCAAUAAAUAGAGUUAAACUAUUUCAAAUCUAUAUUUUAGGUAACAUGUUGACAUUAAAACAAUGUGAUACGCCACCCUAUAAAACCCAACAAUGUACCAGUGAUAUCUAGGUUUAGUUAUGUACAUAAAUGUUAAUUCAUUUAAAGGCAGGGUUGGUCAUUUUUGAAAACUAGCAUGAUUUUGAAAGUAGCAUUCCCUCAGUGCUCCGCCUACACCCACCCCCUCCCCUCUGUGCUCCCUCAAAAGCCACGCCCCCUCACUUACAUGCACGAGCGCCGUUUCUCCAGAAGUGGACCGCAGCUCAUCACUUGCAUUGUGGUGAAACUACGACGUCUCAUUUCUCAUUCAACGAUAAGUUACACUCACAGUAUACACUCCGUCAUCGGGUAUGAGUGUGGGCUAGUGAAUACAAGGGGUAGAGAACCAGCAGGGACACAGCGAGGCGUGAUUGGUUCAUCAAAUUGGUACCUCGUGGCAGACAUUGGUCGAAGUUUUUACAGGCUUAUAACUGCUACAGAUGACGGAUUUUCUUCGUUUCUUUUUCAGAGAAGAUUAAUUAUUGAUUUCUGUCAGGACCCAAAGAUAAUAUCAACCAAAAUCUUCAAAAGUGUAUCUGGAGAAAAUGACCAACCCUGCCUUUAAGCAACUGUUUGUGCUUCGGAAAAAAAACCUGUCCACUGCUGAUGUAUGUGCCAUAGGAAGUACUGUAGGUAGCCACUGUCAUGUCCACAAAUGGUUUGUUGAUUACCAUUAUCUUUCUUAUCUUAUUCUAUCUUGGAUCUUUGGAUCCAAGAGUGAUCACAUUUGGAUCAUGGUUUAAAAUAGCUAUGCCUCUAACCCUGUUGAAAAGUGUUGUUGGGUUAUUGGUAGCUACAUUUCGACAAUACCCAUAGCAUAACCUUCCCUGUUGUCUGUUUUACUUUAGGUGGUAUAAAUCCUAAAAUAAAUAUGCUGUAUUGAAGAUGAUUUAAAACCUAGUUUAAGAACUUAAACUCAUUAGAAACAUGUUGACUGAAAUAAAAAAAAAAAGUAAUCAAUCAAGUGAAAAAUAGGCUCUUUUUCUCAUAGACUUUUGUUCAAUCAGACAUCUCUUUGCAACCGAUGGAAUCUCACCCUGCAGGACAUGAGAGAGAGUACACUUCUGUAGUAGCCUCACGUUUGAAACCGAAAGGCUUUGUCCACUGCAUAUACUGAACAGUGUUUGGUUCAUGAAUGUAAAACCCAAAGCUAUGGCUCUGAACCGCUCUGAAGCACGAAAUAAAGCAGUUUACUCUUUAACUAGAACAAUGCAGAUGGUAGUUAUCACUUUGAGUGAUAUCAGUGAUGAAUUAGUGAAUCCUAAAUUGGGAUUUUUUUUUGUGUUACAGUCUGAUGCUGAUUAUCUGCAAAAUAUAGUGUAUUAAGGAUGGACAAUAAGUAAAGUAAACUUGUAUUUUUAGGAAGUACGUUGGAGUUGCUAUUUAUUCUGUUUUCGUUUGACAAUUUGUGCCAUCACGUUUGUAAAUCAUAAUGACUAUUUGUCUAAGUUGUGUAUGUAUCUAAAAGGGCGAGUGAAAAAGUAUUCUGUGAUAAGACACACUGCAUGCCACAAAUGUUAUAUUGCUUUCAAACUUCUAAAUGCAAAGUGAACUUUACAUUCGUGUGUGCUCGCUGAAGACGGAGCUGAAGACGGAGCUGAAGACGGAGUCUCUUUAAUCCAUUUGACUCACUUGCACAUUUACAUUUGUUUUUUUUAAUAAUUUCGAGACUGCUGGCUUUACUGCUGUUGUUUAGAUGGUGAAUUUCCACACAUUCAGUGACACUUACAAAUGGUGGUCUUUCCAAAUAGAAAUGAUAUCUGUGAUUUUGCUUAAUGGUUUGUAUCCAAUGUCCGACAAAAUAGAAACAGUAUAUAUUUGAAAAUGUCAAUGAUAAAAUGUAACAGGCAAAAAUAAGUGUGUGUUGAGACCAAAGCAAAGCUAAUUUCCGUGCGGCACUAUCCCUGUUGAAGGAAAUGCAUAGACACUGUUUCCUGUUGGGCGGCCCAAAUAAAGCCGAUUAUGUACAUAUCCUAACCACUGGUACUUUGCAUAAUGUUGCCAAGCGCUGUGGUCAUAGUGGAUUCAUGUUCUCUGUAAAUAACAUAAUUAAGAGUAUGGUCUAGACCUGCUCUUUUUUGUAAAGUGUCUUGAGAGAAUAUUUGUUAUGAAUUGGCGCUCUGCAAAUAAAGAUUGAAUGAUUGAAUUUGUAAUUGACCCAGACAGAAUGAGUUGAUUUUUCUGAGAAUCUGGAAAGGUGAUUAUUCCAAUUAUAUUCCAAUGUUUAACCACUGCAAUUAAACACUGAUGUUCUCAUGGUAAAACCAGAAUGAUUAAUGCACUGUGAAAAUUAUUUUUGCUUUUGGUCUGAUCACUGCUUAAGACUGUCUGUGUUGGACCUUGAGUCUAAAUCUGUUUCUAUUGAGAUCUGGAUUAAAACAGAAGCUUUCUCUUUUGAGGAAAUUCCCCUUAUAAAUAGUACCAGGAUAUAAAAAUCUUUUAUCAGAAGUUACCAACCUCUAUAGUUUUACUUCUAGAUCUACAAGUUAAUUCAAUUUUGAAUUGAUCUUUCUCAGCUAAAUACUUCACCUUGAUACUGAUGUUGCUCUUUGUCUGUGUGUUUGUUCAUGCAGCCACAAAAUUAUGAUAAGCUUAAAAAUAUCAAAGCUAUAUUUAUAAGGACUCUGUUUUGGACUGUCUCUGCCCCCUGUACGUCUUUGAUUUCACACGAAGUAGAAAGACAUAACACCGCAGCAAAAUGCUCUGUCAGACCUAAAAAAAAAACGUCUGUUGAUUUUUAGCAUAAUAUGCAGCUGACUUUCCUGUCCCUGGUAAUGUGAUGGAUUGACGACCAAACUCUGUUUGCAUUUGUGCGAAUUUUGUAAAUGGAAUGUUUAAAUGAACCCGACAUUUUUUAUAAGAAAAUAAAAUCAUUCUACAUUUGC